AUGCACGCAUACCUCGUCGGCGACGCUCGGCCCUUUAUCGCUUCUUUGGUGAUGUGUAUAUGUUGGGCGUAUGUGUCCCUCAGAUCAGCUGUGAAGCCACCAACCAGGCCUCCCUACAUUUUCCUUACCUUCGCGUUCGUUCACGUCCUGUCUGCGGUAGUGAACUUGGGCUACGAUGUCCGACUUCCCUCCCGCGCGGUCAAGGACGUCUUGGGGAUGAUCGUCCCUGUGUUAUUCAUCUGGGUGGGCGGUACACUGCCCGUAACGACUGUUCGCCCCAACAGAUAUGUCGCAAAGCCCCAUGACACGCCAACAUCAUCUCAGACCGUACCAGAAGACGAUGUCACCCUCUGGCAAUGGUUCACAUUCUCCUUCGUCGAGCCCAUCUUCGGCAUCUCCGAUAAGCGCACGCUUCAAGCCACAGAUGUUUGGAACCUAUCACCGUACUUUCAGCACAGAAAUCUCUUCAACAAAUACCUGGAGUACAGAACGGCCCAUCCGAACCAUACGCUUCUGCGCUUUCUCCUUGUUUCCAACUCUCUAGACCUCAUUCUUGACCUCUUGCUAUCCUCUUGGACCGUUUUCGUCGGCUUUGUGCCGCCGUAUGCCCUUCAGGAGAUUCUGAAAGCCCUAGAGAGUGGUGCACCCGGAGCACGUACAACGGCAUACAACUGGGCCCUCGUGGUUUUCCUCGCGCACCUGUCUUUUGCCCAGAAGGACCUCAUACAGCGUUGGCAUCAGCGACGCUGCUACGAGCGCACCCGGGGUCAGCUCUUCUGCGCCCUGCACUACAAGUCGCUCAAGCGUCAGGACGUCGUUGGCAAGGCUGGAGAACCCGGAGACGAGCAGGAUAGCGCUGACCUGGGGAAGAUCGUGAAUUUGAUGCAAGGAGACUCGUACGCGGUUGCGCAACGCUUCUGGGAGUUCAACGGGAUCUUUGCAUCGCCCAUCCGACUCAUCAUCGCUCUGGUGUUCUUGCACAAUAUUCUAGGCUGGUCGGCAUUCUUUGGCGUCGGUGUCGUGUUACUGGCUUAUGUCCUGAACUACCCACUCGCCAAGUACAACAUCUAUGUGACGAGGAAUUCGUGGAAGGCAAAGGAUAAGCGCAUGAAGACAGUCAAUGAGAUGCUGCAAAAUAUCAGGUUCUUGAAGUUCUAUGGUUGGGAGAGCUUCUGGGCCAAGUUAUCGCUCGACGCGCGAGAGAAGGAACUAUCAUGGCGUGUCGAGGAGAAUACUGUCGACGUUCUGAUUACCUUCAUAUGGACAUGGAUCCCUUCCGCGACUGCCCUCGCCGCGUUCAUGUCCUACACUCUCAUCGCCGGACAACCUCUCACCGUCUCAAAAGCCUUCACAGCAAUCAUGCUGUUUUCACAACUGCAGGAACCCAUGACCGCGCUACCCGGCCAAGUCUUCGCACUUCUGCACGCAUACGUGUCUAUGCAACGUAUCGAGAGCUUCCUCCGGGAAGACGAAGUGCCGGACUGGGCGUCAAGCUUCGCUACAUCUGCCGAACCGAAGGCAGUGGACGAUAUAGGGUUUAUGAAUGCCACAUUCGAGUGGUAUACCCCUUCGACCCAGACGUCUGGGAACGUCCCCUUCCGACUGGGUCCGCUGGACUUGCGCUUCCCCAAGGGGCAGCUAACUCUGAUAGCUGGCGCCACUGGAUCUGGCAAAAGUGCAUUGCUCGCUGCACUUCUUGGCGAGAUGCACUGCAUCUCGGGGGAAGUGCUAAUGGACAAAAGCAAUCACAAGGUAGCGUAUUGCGCGCAGCAUCCUUGGCUGGAGCAUGCCACCAUCCGCGACAACAUCAUCUUUGGCUCUGCAUUCGGAUUCGACGAGGCCCGAUACCAAAAGGUCAUCGAGGCAUGCGCGCUUGUCCGUGAUCUUGAAGUCUUCCCUGCUGGAGAUAUGACAGAAAUUGGCGAGAAGGGCGUAACAGCCAGCGGCGGUCAACGAGCGCGCAUUGCCUUGGCUCGGGCGAUGUACUCGCAAGCGCAGUACAUCUUACUUGACGACCCUCUUGCUGCCGUCGACAUGCACACCGCGCAGCAUAUAGUCAAGAACUGCCUGUCUGGCGAACUCGCACAAGGCCGCACGAUCAUCCUUGUCACGCACCACAUCGGCGUUUGCCUGCCAAUCACUGCGUGUUUGGUUGAGCUAUCCCGGGGUCAGGUCCUGCAUCACGGUACCGUGGACGAGCUGCGUCAGAGGGGCAUCUUAGACGAGGUCAUCGAGACGGAGGAAGAGGCUUUCGUCGAGGAAGAGGUUGAGCAGAAGCCAGAAAUCAAUGAAGCCGACGACAUCGUCAACGGAAAGGUCACUCCGGAAGAACCCGCCAGGACGGACGGCAAGCUCGUUGAGGAAGAGAGACGGGCAGAGGGUCGUGUCACGCUCAAAACCUACCUUACCUAUGUGAAGGCGGCGGGGUACGGGGCGUGGUUCGCCGUCAUAUUCUUGAUGCUCUUCAUCCGAUUCGUUACGAUUUUGAACCAGUUCUUCUUGGCCGCUUGGGGUGAAGCGUACGAAACCAAUCACCCUGCAUUACGCGCCUUCGCCAAACUGCGAUAUCCAUGGGAAGGCCUUCCCCCACCAGCGGAAGAUGUCAAACCCUGGCUCAUGAUCUACCUCUACAUCUCCCUCAUCGGCGCCUUCUCCGUCCUCAUCUACAUCGCCCUCGGCUACUACGCCGGCCUCCAAGCCUCCCGCGCCCUCUUCCGCGCCCUCCUCCUCCGCCUCACCCGUGCGCCCGGCCGCUUCUUCGACACCACCCCCGUCGGCCGCAUCCUCAACCGCUUCACCACGGACAUCAACACCAUCGACGGCGCCGUCUACAACUCCGCACGCUUCUGCCUCACCGGCGUGCUCAACUUCCUCGCCUCCUUCCUCACCAUCCUCAUCAUCGUGCCGAGCUUCGCGCCGUUCGCGCUGUUCAUCGCGUGGCUGUACGUGCGGCUGGCGCCGAGGUAUAUACGCGCGUCGCGCGAUUUGCGGAGGUUGGAGAGCGUGAGUCUGUCCCCUGCGUUUGCGGGCUUUGACGAGCUUAUGCGCGGGAUCACGCAUGUGCGGGCGUUCGGUAUGGAGAGGCGCUACCAAGAGGCGUUCUACAAGAAGGUGGACAAGUUCCAGGCGUUUGAUCACGUCUAUUGGCUGGUCAGUAUCUGGCUGAGCUGGCGCUACGACUGCCUGGGCUCCGUUGUAGUCUUCGCGACUACGCUAUUCGCACUUUGGGCGGGCGUGAACGAUGGGUCGACUGCGAUCAUAAUCGUGCAAGCGACUGUCUUCGCGGAAGCGAAUCGGCAGCUCGUUCGCGUUGCUGCGCAACUCGAGCUCGACUUCAAUAGCGUUGAGCGUGUUGUGGAGUACUUGGAUGUGCCCCAAGAGGCGCCUGCGAUCAUCGACGACAAGCGACCUCCUGCGUAUUGGCCCUCGUCAAAUGGGAGCGUGGUUGUGGACAACCUGGUUCUCAGAUACGCACCUCAUCUACCGCCUGUGCUCAAAAACAUUUCGUUCGAAGUGCAUCCUUCAGAGAAGAUCGGAGUGGUAGGACGCACCGGAUCAGGGAAGUCCACCCUGGCUCUUUCAUUGCUGCGCAUGGUGGAGGCCAGUGAGGGCUGCAUCAUAAUCGACGGCAUCGACAUCUCGCAGAUUGGGCUUGAAGACCUACGUACACGAAUUACGAUAGUCAGUCAAGACGUCUCGCUGUUUUCUGGAACCAUUAGAAGCAACCUCGAUCCGAUGAAUGAGCAUUCCGACGAGGGGUGUAUGGACGUGCUCCAACGCUGCCACCUGGCCUCUCUUCUACAGCAUACAAACCAGGCGGGGGUGAAGGACCCGCUGGCUAUGCCAGUGUCUCAAGGAUCCUUAAGCGGAGGAGAGCGACAACUCCUGGCCCUCGCACGCGCGGUCCUUCGCAGGACCAACAUCAUCAUUAUGGACGAAGCAACGUCCCAAAUCGAUCAAAACCUAGACGACCAAAUACAGGAGACCAUCCGGACGGAGUUGGCAAGCUCCGUGGUGAUCACCAUCGCCCACCGGCUGAAGACUAUAAUCGACUACGACCGCAUCCUCGUUCUAGAUGACGGCAAAAUCGUGGAGUUUGACACGCCGCGGGAGCUCCUGAAGAAGAGCGGGGGCCUUUUCAGGGAGAUGUGCAAGAAGAGCCACGAUUGGCCACUCUUCGCCGGCGUCAUAGAGAAGGAGCGCGGGAAGACCGGUACGAGCGAGUGA